CUUAGUUGUGUCACUAAGAGACAGCAUAGUCCUUUGCUGUAAAGUGGAACAGAGUGCUGGAGAGCAAAGGAUAGAUGUCCACAUCAGAUUUUUGGGAGGAAGCUGCACAAUGGUUGGAGCGAAAUAGCCGAGAAAAACGUCUUCUUCUGUGCUUGGAGGUUGUUUAACCACUUCAGACUGGACUUUUCUUGAGUUUUGCUUUUUGCAUUUUUAGCAAGUAGUUGGAAGGAAUAAUAGCCAAGCUUUGUCUGGAGUGAGUCUCACUGAAAUUGCCCUAAUGUUAUUCAAUCACUGUCAAGAUCAAGGGGCAGUGUCCCGAAAUGUGGCUCAUAGAUCGGAGAGAACCUCAGGCUUGCUUACUUUUUUGUGUGUACACGUGCGUGUGUUUGUAUCGCUAUCCUUCUUCUUGGAAACACGCCUGCUUGGAGUGAAGUUUGGUUAAGAGUUCUGCUAAGGUUAGUGAUUUGUUUUGAAAGAAUGAGUUAAGGAUGAGAAGCUAGGGAAAGCAUUAAGGCAAUAAGUGGAGCCCACACAGAGAACGUGCGUGUGUGUCUGUUCAGGUUCAAAUGUCCGUAUGUCGUCACAUGCAGACACACUUGUUGACAGUUCAUCCGUUCAUUGAAAACCAUGAGGCACUUGUCACUGAGGGGACGGUGGGACCCUAUCUUCAGUCCAAAGUUGAUGAUCUUCCUCCUGAUUGUGAUGUUUUUCGUCAUCAUGCUCAAGACACGACAGCUGGACUUCUGGACGGUUCCAAUCAAAGUCCAAAGGCCCCUUCCAGCCAACAGAAGCUCCAUGUUGAGUCAACAGAGCAAAGACUUCUGCAGGUUCCCACCACUUUUCCCAGAGGACGCUCUAGAGGAGCACUACCUUCUGGAUUUGGUGGCCUGGCCAAAGACGCCACCUCUGAACACAACGUUGAGUGAGACCAGCAGUCCGAAAAACAGCAUCUUCACCAUCCUCCCAGGUCGAGACAAGUGGCACGUCGGUGAUCAGCUCCAAGUUCGGAUUCAGAUAAAAGACUUUAGGAAUGUUGCGAAAAAGUCUGGGGGUGAUGUCAUUGUUGCGCGACUCCACAACCAGGACCUGGACGCUGGUGUUUCAGGGCAUGUGGUGGAUCAUCUGAAUGGCUCCUACACAGCCUCUUUCCCCCUGCUAUGGACUGGAGGGGCCACUGUUGAGGUGAUCCUGGUCCACCCCAGUGAGGCUGUCACAGUGCUACGCAGGCUCAACGCUGAAGAACCUGACCGUGUAAACUUUGUCAGCAUUUUCAAACUUGGCAGCAUCUCCGAGUCGCUCAUCUGCAACAUCUGCUUCCGUCCAACCGAGGCACCGCUGUGCAACUUCACUGACAUCCUCACAGGAGAACCGUGGUUCUGCUCCAAACCAAAAGAGCUGAACUGCGACAGUCGAAUCAACCAUGCCAUGGGGCACUUUGACCUAAAGCUCAAAGCUGAAGAGACAAAGCUCUUUCAGAGUGGAACUAACAUGAAAGUAAGGAUCGAGUCUUCCGGUCCCACCAGUAUCAAUGUCCUGGCCAAUCCUGACUCAGAUGAACCUCAGUUGCAGAAACCAGAGCCCAGACCUUCCGGCUACUACUACAAUGGUGAGUGGCGGGCUCUGGUGGGUGCAGCAGUCCAGAAUUUCCCUGACCCAGCUGCGAUCAGUCAGUGUCUGCGAGGCAAAAUCCUCCACAUGUACGGAGACUCCACAGUCAGGCAGUUCUACGAACACCUAGUUGCAACACUUCCAGAUCUGAAUGACUUUGACCUGCACAGCAGCAAAAUGACAGGACCCUUUGUCGCCUUCGACAGCACUCACAACAUCCAGGUGAAGUACCGGCCUCACGGAGUGCCAAUCCGGAUCAAGCCCAUUGCGACAACUGAGCUCCGCUACAUUGCCACAGACCUGGACACCAUCUCUGGGGGACCCAACACUGUGGUGAUCCUGGGCAUCUGGGCUCACUUUGGAACCUUCCCCAUCGAGAUCUAUGUUCACCGCCUGCAGAACAUCCGCAGAUCCGUGAUCCGGAUGCUAAAUAGGUCCCCGGACACAGCGGUGAUAAUCCGGACCGCAAAUCCGAAGGAGUUGGAGAUAAACAAAGCAGUGCUCAACAGUGACUGGUAUUCACUGCAGCGGGACAAGAUCCUCCGUGCCAUUUUCAAGGGUGUAAACGUUCAUUGGCUGGAUGCUUGGGACAUGGUUCUUGCACACCACCAUCCACACAUGUUGCACCCGCCGCCUCCAAUCAUCAAGAACAUGAUCAACGUUAUCCUGUCAUACAUUUGUCCACACACGACCAGUUAGAGGUCCAAGCUGAAGACUUGAGAACCCUGUCACGACCUGACUCUGUUACAUGUGAUUGGGAUUCUGGACACAUUUCUUCUGCUGAAAACCUCAGUGAUUGGUCUUGGUCCUUUUGCUCAUGGGUCAGUGCAACUGGUUUACUUCGGCCUUGUUUCUUGUUUCUUGGUUCUUGUUCUGUCCUCUUGGUCUCCCCUGUCUGGUCUGGUGAUUCCGUGUACAAAACAAUAGAACUGAAGCGGUACUCAAUAUAAAGUCUCAGGGAGUGUUUGAGUGUUUGCAUUGGUCUGCCAUCAUAUUGGGCUUGAUGCGAGAUGUGAAGCCAUCAAAGGAAUCUCCUGCCUUGACUGCUGAACCAGUCAAACACCACAUGGAGGUGGUAACAUAGCACUCGCACAUUACAGAUAUGUUAGUUACAGAGUAGGUACUGUAGUGUUUCACAGUGUUUCAGAAAUCAACUAGAACUAAUUUGUGAAUGUCAUAGACUCCGAGUUGAGUCUUGUGGCCCUAUUUGGUAAUAGAGGCUGGAGGUCUCCAGGAAGACCAACGCAUGCUCUUGUGCCUAGUGAGCCCUGGAAUUACAUGCAGAACUGCAAUGUAAAUCAAACAGCGCCAGGAAUGAUAGAUCAGUGAGUGUCUGCGAAGUGAGUUCGGUAGAACAAUCUUGACUGCACUGUGCAUCAUGGACAUUAUACAUCAAAGCCAAUCAAACCUUAUGAAAAUGGAAAACAAGAUACAGAAAUAGAACUUUACAUCUUAACUAUAAAAAAAAUGCUGUUGUAGAUGGACAGAUUGCACUCAGUGAUAUGGACAAAUGAACAUGAAGAUUGCUCAGUACAGGGCCAUGCAACAUCGCUCUUGCAGCAAGCUGAUGAAGAGCUGAUGUAAGAGUAAUGCGCUAUGUAGCUAAUGUUAGCAUGGACAAGAUGACAGUAAAUACUGAACUGAAUAAACACAACUCAGCAAAUAUAACUUCUUGGGAAAG